GCGCUUUGCAAAGUUCCGAACGUUUGUAAGUAAACAGAUUAUGAUUGGCUAAUUCAGAUCCCUACUAGCAUCAUGAAUCAUGAUAGGGUGAACCUGCAUGCAGAAUUCACCCACUCCGGCCUGAGUGGUUAUAAACCGUGCCGGACACUCCCCAGCUCUCUCGUUCACCUUCCUCCAUGGAUCGUUCAAACUUGAGACAGAAAUUCGAUCGCUUCCGAAGUCGCCUCAUCGGAAGAGGCCAUUCAUCUUCCUCCGUGGAUCCUUCGUUAAGACAGAUCCAGAGUGUUCCUUUACCUUCCUCCGUGGAUCCUGCGUUGAGACAGAAAUUCGAUCGCUUCCGAAUUGAACGCUUCCGAAUCCUCAUUAUAGGAAGAGCGAAUGCAGGAAAGACCACCAUACUCCAGAGGGUUUGCAACACACAGGAGAACCCAGAGAUAUACAACAGCACUGGGGAAAAGUGUGGAGAGCAUGAUAUCGAGAAUGAAAUGGUAUUUCGAAGCAACCCAGGAUUUGUCUUUCAUGAUUCGCGCAAGUUCGAGGCUGGUGGGCAAUCCAAAUUUGACACGGUGAAGGAAUUUAUCGCAGACCGUUCUACGAGAACCAACAUGAACGGUCGCACACCUUUCAGUCUUAUAGUACUGCAGAACCUGUUGAUAGGACGUGCCGGCCAUGCAAAAACCUUGCAGGCCGAUGCCUCAGACAGAAAAUGA